AUGGGUAUUCCAGAGUUAUGGGAUUUAUUAAAACCUUCCUUUGGUAAACGAAUAUCACUUGAUGAAUUAGUUGAUCAAUCCUUAAAGGAAAGGCAACGACCACCACGUGUCGCCAUAGAUGCAUAUCUGUUUAUUUUCCAAGCAGAUCAUAGUAGUAUUAUGAUUGAUGAAAAAGAGGGAGUCCUUAUGCAAAAUGUCAUGGCCAAAAUUCUAGCAUUAGUGGGGUUAAAUAUUUCUGUCGUUAUUGUAUUUGAUGGUAUUUUAAAACCUUUCAAAUUGAAAAGCAAAGAAAAUGAAGGAUUGGUUUAUGAAGAUGAAUUACAAAGACUUUCUCUAGUUUCUAACUAUUCGGAAAAUAAUCCAUUUGUGGAACAAUUGAAAAUUGAAUUAUUUAAUAAUAAAAUUGAAUAUGUUCAAGCACCAGGUGAAGGUGAAGCUCAAUGUGCAUAUUUACAGAAACUUGGAAUUGUUGAUUAUGUCAUAUCACAAGAUGUUGAUGCAUUGGUAUUUGGUGCUCGCCAAGUAUUAAGAAAUUUCAGUAGAUUUGCUGAAGAUAUUGGGAAAUCCCCACCGAAAACUUCUGAUAUCACAGCAAGAUCAUCUUAUUAUGUGACUCCGGUGGAUAUGGAUAAAGUUGAACAAGAAACUGGACUUACGACAUCGCGACUUAUAUUUUUAGCAUCGCUUCGAGGAGGUGAUUAUUCUGUGGGGGCUAAAAAAAUGGGGAUUGUGAAUGCAAAAAAUUUGGCAUUAAGUGGUACAUCAAAGUCAAUGUAUUAUACAGAAAAUAAAAGUAAAAUACAAUUGAGAGAACUACAGAAAAGUCCACAGAAACUUAAAGGACCUCCUCCAGAUUUUGCCAAUGAAUUAAUUGAUUGUGUUCAAUCCACAGACAAAUCUAUAAAGCUUCAUCCCUGGGACCUGAGAUUAGAUCCUAAGACUCGUCGAUAUAGAUUUGAUUCUUUAUUGAAAAAAAUGAAUUUUUACUUACAGGAACAGAAUAGAGAUAUAUUCGGACGGAAAGUCACUUUUCAAGAGGAAUUUAAAUUUGAUGAAUAUUAUACUAUGUUAUAUUUGUUUCCUUUGGUGUCAGAUCAAAUACCGAUAUUUACACCUAAUACUUUAGGAACUGGAGAAUUCGAAUCAGACUUACACAUUAACCUUCCACCAAAAAUAAGAGUAUCGAGACUAAGCAAUGCCAACAGAAGAAAAUAUGUACAAAUAGUGGGUGAACCAAUUAAUGAAUUACCAGAGAAGCAGAAGAAAUUAUUUGUUCCUGAGCUGUAUAAUUGGUCAAUAAAGCAUAUUAUAUGUAAAUUGAUGACCCAUGAUUCAAAUUGGAUAAAAGUUACUAAUUACAAAGAAGAUAAUGGUUUACCCAAAGUCAUGCUUAAAUAUGAUGCCUCAAAUAUAUUUAAAGAAUAUCCUGAGUUGUUAGAAGCUAGGAGAGCAUUGGAUAAUAAUGGCCAACCACAAUCUCCAGGUAAGAAUUAUGUAUGGGUAUCACAAUCUUUAGUUGAACAUUAUAAUCCUAAAUUGGUUGAUGAAUAUGUUGAAUCAAAAAAAGAAAAAGAAUAUAUAAAGAAGUACAAAUUUUCUCCUCAAAAGACAACAUUAGAUUCACUUGAAGUUUCACCAAUAAAGAAAUCAAUACUAAAAGGGCCAGUGCCCUUUAAAUUAAAACCUAAAUCACCAAGAAAAUUAUCUCCUAAUAAAUCAACUACCUUAUCACCUAGGAAACGAAGCAAGCCGGUAUUAUUACCUGGUCAAAAACAAUUAGAUUUUUUCUUGGUUAAAAAGAAUAAUAAAGAAAAUGCCAUGAAAAGUAUACCUGAGCUAAAACCUAAUGAUAAGGAAAUUAUUGAAGAUAAUCCAUUUUUAGAUUCUUUCAAUUCAGCCAUUAAAGACAAUGAGGAAGUAAAACGGAAUUAUCAACAAGAAGAAGAAGAAGAAUCCAGACCAAUUGAAAAGCCGAUAACUGAAGAAAGAGAGAGUUACGAUGUGACGUUUUCGACAACUAUUCUGCUUGAUCGGAUAUUUAUUAAGGAUUCGGGACUUUAA